AUGUACUCCUUGGUGGUGGAAUCGCUAUUCGGUCAAAAUAGCCCGAACGCAGAAAUCUUCAAUCCCGCGUCAUCGUCUUCUUCACCUCCCUCUCAACACGUUCCUCACACUCGACCACACAAUCAGCGUCGAAUGUUGCCCGUACCUCGUCCCGAAAUGGAUGCCAACAAGUUGCAACGUCGCCGGGCGCCCCCAACCCUGCUUUCCUCGCACAUUUCUGCAAAUAACUCAAAUAGUGGCGGUGCUGCAAUGACAUUCCCCAUGAUGGCACGUCGACAAAAUAGCGGGCCGAUCAUGGUGCCGAUGGAGGCGUGGGAAUUCAAACAAGCUCGAAGAUCCAGGUCGACUGAAGCGCAGCAUUAUUUAGGGCAUCUUCAUGGGCAUGGUAGGAGGGUGUCGUAUGAGUACGACAGGGGUGGCAGGACUGGGUUCGACGGGGAUGAUGAAGACUUCGGAGUUAGGGACAGGUCGUUGCCGUACUUCACGCCGGCCGAAGGAGAUCGGUUGUGGGUCCGGGAACAGCUGCUUCGAUCAGGAAUUCCCUUGUGGGAUUCGGACGUCCGAGAGAGUCGGUAUGACUCGUGGCGCCGCCCGGCGCCUUUGCACAUUCGCUCCGCAUCCUUUUUCGACCAACAGCGACAGCAGUUGCUUCAGCAACGCCACCUGGACACCCUGCGUCCUUGGCAUUCGGAAGAAUUCCGUUUCCUCCGCAGCUCUCGGCUCCGACGGUUUUGCCGCGUGAUGACGACGCACAGUCCGCCGCCGCCGACGGCCGCCGAUGACGUGUUGGGAUGGGACGCGGAGUUGUUGGAGCGUGACCGGGGAUUAUAUGGAAGUGCGUCGGUCAUUGAUCCCGGCCCGCGGCCGUCUUUUGUUUCCAGGCUGGAGAAUCUGGACCCGUCGACGGACGAGUUUUUGGUGGAUGCUGGAGUGAGGAUGAGUCCGGCGGCGUGGAAACCGCUGCGACAGCCGCCGCCGCCGUCGAUUCUGCCGCUGUCGGCGUUGAAUAAUCGUCUUGCUCGUUCUUCUGCCCUCGAAGCGUUGAACGCUCAGCAGAGGCCUGAAGGAAACCUUCGUCGACGUCAAGGUUUCGGCAUGUACUUCUGGGACAGCGAGGCGGCGGGAUCUUCCCCCAAGUCAUCUUCCUCUUCUCUGCGAUCCUCAAACGCGGCGAAGCAGAUGCAGCUUCAAGACAAGCAAGGCGGGAAGAAACUGCCGCCGACUUCGGUGUCGGACACCAACACGAAACUAACCCGCAUGUCCACGAUGCCGGAGCUUGCUGUCCAACGUCGUCCACCGGGAAUCAUUGCCCAAAAGUCCGUCCCGACGGACGUGUCGCGACGGAAAUCCGCCGGCACCAUCGGCGUUGCGAAACCGAGCAAACUGAGACCGCCUUCAUCUCGCAUGUCCUUUUCCGGAGUGGCGUCUUCGCCGAAUACGUCGAGUGCGGAAUCUAGUCCGAUUUCGUCGCGAUCGUCGAGCCCGGGUACUACGAACGACGUAGUGGUGACGACGCCGUUUGCCCGGGCGACGGCGCAUCGCGCCAGCUUGGGGGCGAUGCGGGGACUGCGUCAGGGCGUGUCUCCUGCUGGGGGCGGAGCUGCUGGGAUUCGGGCGAGAAAGCAGCCGUCGUCGGCUAAUUCUUCGCCGACAAUGAGUCGUGCAUCGGCGGCUAAAUUGCAGGAUGUGGGCAUGGGAGUGCAAAAGAGAAGGUCGGGUGGCGCCGUUGUAGCGACGUCAUCGGGGUCGGGUUACGCGAGUAGCAGAUUACCGCAGCCGCGAAUGCUCAAAGAACAUACUGGAGGACCGAGGUGCUUGAAAAGAAGAGGUAGUCGGAAGAAACGCCUCGUGCAGUUCCGGUUGCUGAGAUUUUCCGGAAAUCGUACUCGACUCCUGUUGCUGGAGAAAGCGUCGAACGAGGUUGGUCGUCAUAUUACCAAGCCGCGACAAAUGAUGCAAAAUAAUCGCACCGGAGUAUUCCUACCGCCGACAACGUCUUCCUGGGCACAGAUUCUGACAGAUUGCAGCAGAGCCCCGGAAAGGUACCAACGAAGAACAGCCAUCGUGUCCAUCGGAACACUUCUACCUGCCGCAAUGACCCUGUCCGCAUUCGAAUACUCUCCCCUGCUCGCCGUGAUUCAGUCCUCCGUCUGCGUCGCUUUCCUCGUCUACAUCACAGGCGAGAAACUCAGGAUCGCAGUGUUUCAUCGUCAUCAUGGGGAACCGAUUGCAUGGACUGUGUUACCAGUCGCCAUUGCCCUGGGAAGCUUCUUUACGCUGGCUACACCUUUUAACAUAGCUGGGGUGACAUUCGCCAUGGGACUAAGUGCCAAGUUGGAUUCGGAGAAUGGGGGUUACUCGCGAUCGUACAGGGCAUUGCGGCUCAUAGGGGCAGCCAUUGCGUGCAGCGCUCUGUGCUCUAUGAUCUUGGCCUAUGAGUGCUUUCCGAAUUGCUGGGAGAAGCGAAGAAGAGUGCCUUUGUUGCUCUCUGAGGGUUCUCUUGAUUUUCGUGAGUCACAUUUUAAGCCUUUCCACACUUCCACGCAUUUCAACGAUUUCGGCUGCUUCACGGAAACGGAUCAUCGCGACUCAAAUAUCAACAUCACCGAGUUCAGAAGGCGACGAGAGCCAACCAACAUGCUUCGUACCGGAGGCCUCGAAAUUUACGUUGAUCCUCCACUAAUCCGGAAAUACUCGGAAGACGAAGCGAAUCCCUUCAAACGAUUUUUACAAAAUGGCAGGACGAGAGUCCAGGAAGACGAAGCCAUGUUUGACGAAUGGGAACUGAGAUGGAAACUGCUAAAAGAAAGUGUGGAGAAGGAACUGUUGGUCGCAUUGCCAGUUACUGGUAUGAAGACCGUACCCGCUUCGAUGGAACCGCACUUCCCGCCAACUUACCUCAUUCCUAGACCACACUACCAUCCAGCCAAAUCUUUUGGACAACUUCAUAAUCACGACAACCUACCAUUUACCUACCCGCCUCCCAAAAUCAGUUAUCAAACGAUACUGGCGUCCAUUUUGGCAAUGGCCCUGUCUGCUCCACAAUAUGGCUCCUAUGCCCCCUACGGCCGCUACACUGGUGACUACCGAGGCCACUAUGGCGGCUACCAGGGCAGUGUGGUCCACAGGAUCCUCCAUGCCUUUGGGAUCCCCCACCAGGAUGAAUACAACUACGACUACAACCGCUAUGACAGUCGGUACGGGUUUGACGACCCCUACUAUAACCGCUAUCGCCUCAACAGUCUGACUGGACUCAGACCAGGCCUGAUUUGAAGACCUUUUAUUGCGAGGUUUCUUAUACUGGAAGCUUGUUUUUAUUGCGUGCAUCUUGUACCUUUCCAAAAUCCCAUUUUGUAAAAAAAAAAA